GUUCAACGUCAGUUCUUGCGUGCGGUGCCCUGCAGGGAGCAACACAAGGGAGCCAGGCGCCAGCUCCGUGGACAGUUGCUUUUGCAGCGAGGGCAGGAUCAUCUCCAAUCUUUCCGGCACUCCGAGCUGUAUCUGCGAAGCACACACGGCCCUCUACAAGGGAGCCUGCGCAACAUGCGACGAGCUGUUUUUGGACUGCCCACAGGCGGGUACCCAGUUCGAGACCGCUGUGCCGAAGACUGGGUACGCACGCCUUCGUCGAGGAGCGGACGUUUACAGGUGCCUUGACCACUCCUCGGCCGGUUGCAAUGCAACUGACAGCCUGUCAGAGCUAG